CAACCUUCAACGUAGUCCCAGUAAGGCAGUGUGACUUGCCAGAGAAAACCGACCGUGUCUAUCCAAAAACAUUUGUCCGUGGUAGAAGAUUGUUUUGGUAACCAGUUUAACCAUGGCAACAUUUCGUCGACCGAGAUACUGCCUUCACUGGGAGGAGACCGAGUGUUUGAGCUACUAUGAGAUGCAGUCUCUUCACGAACUCUUCGAGGUGGUCGGUUCCCAAUUAACGGAGACCGACGUGGAGGUUUUGUCGUUUCUGCUUGACGAGACAUACCCUGGAAGACACCCUCUGGACCCAGCGGGAUGGACCGCAGAGGUUUCAGGAGACCCAGCUACCGAGUCUGCUGAGCGGAUGAACUCGCCCAGCCCAAGGUUACUGGAGGCUUGGCGUCGGUUACAACCGUCGAACGAACCGUGUCCCGAGGCCGUCGCUGUGGCCGCGCGGCACAGGCCGAAGAGCGGCGUCAGCCUUCUGCUCGAGCUGGAGAGGCGCGGGUACGUGAGCGAGGGCAACCUCGAGCCCCUGCUGCAGCUGCUCCGCGUGCUCACGCGUCACGACCUCCUGCCUUUUGUCUCCCGCAAAAAACGAAGAACUGUGUCUCCGGAGCGUCCGUGUGCACACCUGUCUGAGGUGGAGGGCAGUCAGGUGAGUGGGGUGGAGAAGACAGACACCCACCAGCAGACAGAACAACCUCAGGGACACACAGAGCAGCCAUGGAGGGCAGGUAUUGACCAGUCUCGGCCGGUGACCAUGCCCACCGGUUGUAAACGGGGCAGAGGUCGCCGCAGGACCAGAGCUGUGAAGGAGACCUCCGAACCCCUGUGUGAACCUCCAGCACCCAACAAACUCACCUGUGAUAUUCGUCUGCGCGUUCGGGCGGAGUACUCGGAGCAUGACUCCGCCCUGCGUGGGGGCGUGUCCUCGGACAAGCAGCAGCGAUUGGAGCGUCAGUUUGAGCUGUUUAGCCGCGCGAGUCUGCUGCUCCGCGCCCGUGACCUGGGCUCCAUCGUGUGUGACAUUAAGUUCUCGGAGGUGGCGAACCUGGACGCGUUUUGGGCGGACUACCUGAGUGGGGCGCUGCUGGAGGCUCUGAAGGGCGUGUUCAUCACAGACUCUCUGAAGCAGGCGGCCGGACAGGAGGGCGUUCGCCUCCUCGUCAGCGUGGAUCAGGACGAUUAUGAGGAAGGCCGAAAAUUACUGCUGUCCAACCACACACACUACAGCACAUGCAGGAACUCAACAGACAGGUCUUAAACCAAGCCGUACUCAUUAAGGAUGGAAGUAGCCACCAGAGAGGGGGAAUAAAUGAUGAAAUCAGUGAUUUUUUUUUGUUUGGUGCAAAUUUCCAGUGGAGAGGUGGCCGUCUCUCUCUGUGGUCAGAUUGACUGACUGCCAGUGUGUCCAGCAGGUGGCGCUGUGAGGCAGCAGCUGAAGAGUCAAAUGAACGUGAAUGAUUUUCUUUUCUUUCGUAAGGACAGAAUAAGAUCACCGAUUGGCCUAAUCUGAAGUGCUGGGGGGUUUUUUUGUCUCCAGUGCGUGAACACACACACACACACAGUUCUCUCAGUUAUAGGAUGCUGGAUUAAUUGAAACGUUGAUUCUUCCUGAUGGAAGAGUCUGGUCCUAGAGGAACAUUCCCAGUACACACACACACACACACACACACACACACAGAGCUCUGUUUGCGCGCCCGUCUAUAACGCGCACGCGAGCGCGCGUGUGUGUGUGUGUGUGUGUGUGUGUGUGUGUGUGUGUGUGUGUGGAUCUGAGGUGUCAGUGUGCGCUGUAAGUUUAGGAGACAGACUGUAGUGCAGGUCUGUACCCACAUGCACACGGUGCAGCGUCCUCCGCGCUGGGGACGGGGGCAGAUCAGCGAUGGUGAGGAGGGCAGUGGAGAGCUGGGACCAGUUUCGCUGAGUUCUGCUGCCACGCCCGGGUCGCGCUGGCCUGAGUCACUCUCUCGCUUGCUCUCUGUAGCAGUGAGAACGGCUCUGAUAUCUGGGCCACACACACACACACACACACACG